AGACCUAUCGACGAUAUGCAGCCUCAGAUUUUCAUUCUUCUUGCCAUGGUGGCGGUCGCUCUCGCGGCCAGCGAAUCCAGAUUAUACGCAGCGGAGAAUACGAAGGAUAUCCCGUUAACCAAUAAGAAAAUCGAUGAUACGAAGAAAAACAAACGUGGCCUCUUCGAUCUUGGCUACGGUUACGCUUCGCCCUACGCCUAUUCCGCUUACUCAGCGCCCUCGCUAUACACCGCUGGCGUACACACUAACACCGUCAUCACCAAGGAAGUCCCCUAUCCAGUACCACAUCCCGUCGCCGUACCCGUGGAGAAACACGUACCGUAUCCCGUCAUCCAGAAGGUUGCCGUGCCGGUAGAUCGUCCAGUCGCCGUGCCAGUACCCAAACCCUAUGCCGUCGAGGUUGCCAAGCCGGUGCCCGUCCCCGUCGAUCGUCCAGUGCCAUACCCCGUGCACGUGCCACUCGUCAAGCACGUCGGAACCCCCUACGCGGUCGAGGUGCCUCAACCUUACUCCGUGCCAAUCGUUAAACAAGUGGCCGGCCUUCCCUAUUCCCAGCCACUGGUCCUUGACAAGUAUCCUGGACUGGCUACUUAUACCAGCUGGUAGAGAGCAGGAAAGGGGACUGUGCGGACCUUGAGAUCGAUUAGCUACAUCCGAAGGAUCUUGAGAGUUAUC